AUGCCUUUGGUCGAUUUUGCAGGGGAGUCAGUCAGUACGGAAGGAUGUGUCUCGCUCCCUGUUACCAUCGGCGAGGGAGAUCAACGAGUAACUAAGGUCGCAGAAUUUGUUGUGAUAGAUCGGAGCUCUGCGUACAACGCCAUAAUUGGUCGGCCCUUGAUUCAUGAUCUUAGGGCAGUUCCAUCCACUUAUCACCAGGUCUUGAAGUACCCCACCUCGGCCGGAAUUGCGACAGUCCGGGGUGAGCAAAAGACGUCCAGAGAAUGCUACGCAACCGCAAUGAAGGGAACAACCACUUGUGCAGCGGUCACGGACGCGGCGGAGCCAUGUGCCGAUGAACCAGAGCCUAACCGCGGUACCCCGGCUGAAGAGCUAGAACUUGUCCCCCUAUUGGGGCUAGAAAAUCAGGUCAGCAUCGACAGCGGACUGUGGGUCGAGGUAAAAGAAGAGCUCGUCGGUUUUUUGCAAGCAAAUCUGACGUGUUCACAUGUCUUGGUUAAAAAGUCCAACGGCAAAUGGCGCGUCUGUAUUGACUUUACGAGCCUCAAUAAGGCGUGCCCGAAAGAUAGUUUUCCCCUACCUCGGAUAGAUCAGCUCGUCGACGCAACAGCAGGGCAUGAACUCCUCUCCUUCAUGGAUGCCUACUCCCGGUACAAUAAGAUGCAGAUGCAUGCGCCUGACCAAGAGCACACCGCCUUUGUUACCGAUCAAGGGUUGUAUUGCUACAACGUCAUGCCUUUCGAUCUGAAGAAUGCCGGGGCGACCUACCAGCGGAUGGUCAACAUGAUGUUCGCCAAACAGAUCUGA